AGCCAGGGGAAGGAGUCGCUCUUCAUCCCUCCAUCUUCUUCAUCUGCCUGCGCGGACACAAAGUGUCUGCAUCUUCAGCUCACCAUCGUCCCCUCCGAGGAAGACAAGACAACCCCCCCCUCCUCCCCUUGACCCUCUCCCCGCCGAGUCGCCAUGGCAACGGUCAUCUGCACUCGCUUCACGGAGGAGUACCAACUGUACGAGGAGCUGGGCAAGGGCGCUUUCUCUGUGGUGCGUCGCUGUGUCAAAGUACUGUCGGGUCAGGAGUACGCCGCCAAGAUCAUCAACACCAAGAAACUCUCCGCUCGAGAUCAUCAGAAGUUGGACCGGGAAGCUCGAAUCUGUCGUUUACUGAAGCACCCGAACAUCGUGCGUCUCCACGACAGCAUCUCCGAGGAGGCUCACCAUUACCUCAUCUUCGACUUGGUGACAGGUGGCGAGCUGUUUGAGGACAUUGUAGCCCGGGAAUAUUACAGCGAAGCCGAUGCUAGUCAUUGUAUCCAACAGAUCUUGGAGGCGGUGCUCCACUGUCACCAGAUGGGCGUGGUCCACCGAGACCUGAAGCCGGAGAACCUGCUUCUCGCCUCCAAGUCCAAAGGCGCCGCCGUCAAAUUGGCCGACUUCGGUCUCGCCAUCGAGGUGGAGGGCGAGCAGCAGGCGUGGUUUGGUUUCGCGGGGACUCCCGGGUAUCUUUCCCCCGAGGUCCUGAGGAAGGACCCCUACGGGAAAGCGGUGGACUUGUGGGCCUGUGGUGUGAUCCUCUACAUCCUGCUGGUGGGCUACCCCCCGUUCUGGGAUGAAGAUCAGCACCGUCUGUACCAGCAGAUCAAGGCGGGAGCGUACGACUUCCCGUCCCCCGAGUGGGACACGGUGACCCCGGAGGCCAAGGAUCUCAUCAACAAGAUGCUGACCAUCAACCCGGCCAAGCGCAUCUCGGCGGCGGAGGCGCUCAAACACCCGUGGAUCUCGCAUCGCUCCACGGUGGCGUCCUGCAUGCACAGGCAGGAGACGGUGGAGUGUCUGAAGAAGUUCAACGCCCGACGCAAACUCAAGGGAGCCAUCUUGACCACCAUGUUGGCCACCAGGAACUUCUCAGGAGGAAAGAGCGGCGGCAACAAGAAAACCGACGGCGUCAAGGAGUCCUCCGAGAGCACAAACACAACCAUCGAGGACGAGGACACCAGAGUGAGGAAGCAAGACAUCAUCAAAGUGACGGAGAUGCUAAUCGAGGCCAUCAGUAACGGUGACUUUGAGAGUUACACAAAAAUGUGCGACCCGGCCGUGACGGCGUUUGAACCCGAAGCUUUGGGGAACCUGGUCGAAGGGUUGGAUUUCCAUCGCUUUUAUUUUGAAAACCUGUGGUCGAAGAACAGCAAACCGGUGCACACCACCAUCUUGAACCCUCACAUCCACCUGGUGGGGGAGGAGGCGGCGUGCAUCGCUUACAUCCGCGUGACGCAGUACAUCGACGCCAACGGGACGCCACGCACCGUCCAAUCAGAGGAGACCCGGGUGUGGCACCGCCGUGACGGGAAGUGGCAGAUUGUCCACUUUCAUCGCUCAGGCUCCGCCUCCACGCUCAGCAACUGACUUCCUGUCCUUUUGAAUGGAUCACUUAUCGGCUUGACAACUGAUUGAUUGACAGCAGGCCCGGCAUGCGACGCAAACCGUCUGGAAUUAGUUUGAGAAACGGAGAAGGUGGGCGGGGCCAAAUCUUUUUUUCGACCAACGGGAAAAGACUUUUACUCGGUGCUGUACGUAUUUGCUCUCGUGACGUAGUUGAAGAAGAUGACACGCUGAGUGACAGGUGACAGCGCCCCUAGUGGCUGGGAGGCUUUAGCUCCGCUUAGCACCAAGACCGUGUUCGCAUAGCAUGUGACUCAUUCGAUGUAAACGUACUAGUGAAUGUAAAAAAAAAAAUUAAAAAAAACUUGACUAAUGCCGUGACAGUCAAAAGUGGAUCGUCAUCCACCAGAGGGCGCUGUGAAAGAAAAUGAAACCGAUUUUUUUUUUUUUCAUGAAUUGUUUGUUUUCCAUCCAGAAGCUUCCUCUCCGACCCGCGAGCUUCCACACGUUUGCAACGCCACAUUUCCUCUUCCUCCUCCAGUCAACUCUAGGCCCCGCCCCUCAGUGACCAUGUGACUAUUUACAUUCCUCAGAAUGACACUUUCGAUCAUUAAAGGCCUACUGAAAUGAGAAUUUCUUAUUCAAACGGGGAUAGCAGGUCCAUUCUAUGUGUCAUACUUGAUCAUUUCGCGAUAUUGCCAUAUUUUUGCUGACAGGAUUUAGUAGAGAACAUCGAUGAUAAAGUUUGCAACUUUUGCUCGCUAACAGAAAAGCCUUGCCUGUACCGGAAGUCGCGGACGAUGACGUCACCCGUUGAUGGCUCCUCACUUUGUUUUUAAUAGGAGCUGUCAUGCCAAAUUUCUUUCCUCACAACCCCCCCCCCCCCCCCCCCCCCCCCCUCCCCAUUUACUUCCGGGGUCAUGAUUAAUACAGACGUUUUGUUAACGCUGUAUUAUAAAAAUAUAACGCUAUAUUAUAAAAAUAUAACGCUAUAUUAUAAAAAUAUAACGCUGUAUUAUAAAAAUAUAACGCUAUAUUAUAAAAAUAUAACGCUAUAUUAUAAAAAUAUAACGCUAUAUUAUAAAAAUAUAACGCUGUAUUAUAAAAAUAUAACACUAUAUUAUAAAAAUACAGACGUUUUGUUAACGCUAUAUUAUACAAAUAUAACGCUAUAUUAUAAAAAUACAGACGUUUUGUUAACGCUAUAUUAUACAAAUAUAACGCUAUAUUAUAAAAAUAUAACGCUAUAUUAUAAAAAUAUAACGCUAUAUUAUAAAAAUACAGACGUUUUGUUAACGCUAUAUUAUACAAAUAUAACGCUAUAUUAUAAAAAUACAGACGUUUUGUUAACGCUAUAUUAUACAAAUAUAACGCUAUAUUAUAAAAAUAUAACGCUAUAUUAUUAAAAAUAUAACGCUAUAUUAUAAAAGUAUAACGCUAUAUUAUUAAAAUACAGACGUUUUGUUAACGCUAUAUUAUAAAAAUAUAACGCUAUAUUAUAAAAAUACAGACGUUUUGUUAACGCUAUAUUAUAAAAAUAUAACGCUACAUUAUAAAAAUACAGACGUUUUGUUAACGUUAUAUUAUAAA